CACCGCCUCUGUGUCUUGUCCACACUAAUAAGCCUCUCCACUAAACUCUCUUUUGAUUAAAGAAAUUUAUCGAAACGCAGUCCUACGAGAGCUUUCUGCUCUCUCUCGAUCACAUAAAGUAUCUCUAAAAUUGUACUGAUCGAUCAGUUACACACACGCAUUCAUCAUCGGUUCCCCGAUCAAUUUAUCCGGCCAUGGCUGAAGAAAUCGCCAAACUGGUCGGAGUUCUCUUCGACGACAAGUCGUCAUCGUCGUCGAACGAAAUUAGACUUCGGUCUGAAAAGUUAGGGCUCGAGACGCUAUAUUUGAUCCUUAAACAAGGCGUUGAAAUCAAUAGUGAUGGAAAAUUAGGGCUACAACACUGGGACCAGGCUCAGAUUCAAGCCGUUAUUUCCGUAGCAUACGCGAUUGUCUCUUCAACCCGAUCCAUUUCCGUCGAGCAAGUAGAACCGAUAAUUGUUGCCGUUAUGGAGCAGGCGUUGGAGUUUGCUCUUUGUUGUUUGGAGAAAUCAGUUGCUACCAGUGAUGAUAUAAGUUUCAUUCAGUUAUUGGAGAUCGCAUUAGUUGAUGGAACGAUUAAGGAGACUGAUGUGUCACACCCUUCUAUAAAUCUUCUUAUAGACUUACUGAAGUCCAUCACAUUAAGAAACGAAAAUGUUGAAUUACAAGACCACAUUGAAUGUAUUCUUCAAGGGAAUAGUUGCUCAAAGGAAAAAAAGCCAGUGGAUCGUCUCCUUAUGACAUUAGCUUCCGAAUGGACACAACACGAUAACAUGAACUCAUGGACAACUGGAAGAAGUUCUCAAGAUUUAAAUAAACUAGUCCCACUUUUGCAGCACUGGGCAGUUGUUCACUUGAGAUGCAUACAACGCCUUGUUUCAUAUUGCAUGGGACUCAUUGAGAAUCUUGAUAGAUGUGAUGAAAAGAUAGACAGCAUCAAUUUAAGGAAAAGAUUAUCAUUUUGUGCAAGAAUUUUCAAAUUACUUUCAAGUGUCACCAAAGACGCCCCAUAUGUUGAAUAUGAUGCUAAGCUGUUGGGAUCUUUUGCAUCAUUUAUCAACGUGUUGCCUAGUUUGUUUGCAAGCAGAUACGAGUUUGCCACAAACAAUGUUUCCAUUGAGUUCAGUAUCGAAAGCCUUGUAUUGUUGCUACUGGAGGCGUUUCUCCACUUAGUUCACACAAUUUUCUGCAACAGCACUGUGUUUCAAAACACCUUGGUGUGUGUAAUAGUUUCUGUUUUUGAGAAUCUGGAUGUUGAUGUAUGGAGGUAUGACAAGUCUGUUACAAAUAUAAAGCUACCAGUGGCCUACUUCCCACGGAUUGUUCUUUAUGUUCUGAAGUUAGUUGAAGAUAUAAAGAAACAACAGUAUCAAGCUCUUGAAUUGAAAGGGUUACAUGAAGUUGAUUCCUUUUCAUGUGGGGGGAUCUCUUUGGUGAAGAAGUACACAGUUGAGGAGUUGCUAAAAGUAAUAUUUCCAACAUCAAAGCAAUGGGUAAACAAUUUGAUGCACCUUGCUUUCUUUCUUCACUCUGAGGGUGUCAAAAUGUUGCCAAAACUUGAUAGAUCGUAUUCCAGCUUAACAAAGGCGUCUUCUACUUUGGAACCUGAAAGUACAGUUUGCCAUGAGGAUGAAGCUUUGUUUGGUGACCUUUUCUCAGAAGGUGGGAGGUCAGUGGGGUCCACGGAUGGGUAUGAUCAAUCUGUUAUCACUGCUAGUUCUGUUACAAACGUGCUUAUGCCUCUCCAUGCUGCAAGUGAACUGUUUAUAUUCUUGAAAACAAGUGCUUUUUCACCUGAAUGGCAUUCUUCAAUAUACGAGGAUGCGUGUAGAAAGCUUAACUCGUAUCAUAUCGAUAUCAUGCUUUCGAUUUUGAGUUGUCCAGGGUGUCAUGCUGGAGACAGAAGUCCUGAUGCUGGUGUAGGUGUAGGGGUAUCUUUGUCCGAGCAUAGGAAGUUUGUGCAUACACAUGAGAUUUGCUAUGAGGUGUUGCAUAACUUGUUAUCCUUCCAUGCUUUAUCUGAUACCCUCGAAGAGUACCUUGUUGGGAAAAUACUGACUGUAGAAAACGGUUGUUUUGUAUACAAUCAUCAGACACUUGCGGUUUUAGCUCAUACACUUAUAUGCCGAGAUGGGAUGUCUGGGAAUCAAUUGAGAACAAAAGUCCAAAGGGUAUUUUCGGAAUUUGUUUUCGAGAAGGUGAAAACAGUCUGUACGCAAUGUCCUACUCUUAAAGAAGUUAUCGAUAGUCUGCCUUCAGUUUUUCACAUUGAGAUUCUCUUAAUGUCAUUCCAUUUGUCAUCUGAAGAAGAAAAAGCAUUACACGCGGCUUUCAUAUUUUCCUCCAUUAAAUCAAUCGAGCCUCUAUCUAAUGGUUUCAACAGCACCCAAUUGUCAUGUUGGGGAUUGUUGGUUUCACGAUUGGUUUUGAUUCUUAGACACAUGAUAUUUUAUCCGAAUGUUUGUCCACCAACUUUACUUUCAGAGUUGAAGUCCAAGUUAAGGGAAGCUCCACUUGCUCGGGGUAAUGCAAGCAAUGGUACGUUUUGGGUAUCUACUUCCGUGGAGAAUGUGAUGCGGAUUUUUACCAUAGAAGGGGAAGUCAACAGUAACUUUUUGAGUCAACUGAUUGAUGUCACAUCUUUUACCACUUCAGCACACAGAGAAGAUCUUGUGGUUGAAUGUUUAGGUUUGAGUUGGGCUGAAGUAUGUGCUUCACUUUCUUGGAUUUUAGGGUUUUGGAGAGGAAAACGAGCAUCAACAAUGGAGGAUCUGGUUCUUGAAAGAUACAUUCUUAUGCUUUGUUGGGACAUCCCUUCUGUUCACACUUCUGUGGAUUUGAUUCAGACUCUUGACAUCACUAACAUAGAACAUCUUUUGUACUUUGGUCAUUCAAUCUUGGGUAGUCAAGGAGUUGCUACGGGUGUUGACUUUUCAAAGUUAGUGUACAGUAUGCUAGAACAGUUGCAAUCAAUGCCCAUAGUUGAAACCGAAGAACUUGGAUGGGAUUUCCUGCGGAGUGGAUCAUGGUUAUCUCUUGUACUCUCCUUACUUGGAGCUGGAAACCAGAAGUAUGGCACCAAUAUUGAAAAUGACUCGGUGGGUUUAGUCCAGACAUCUAAAGAUGCUGAAUUUCUUACACUUGCUGAAAAGCUUGUGAACAGUUCACUUCAUGCAGACACGGUUGCAGUACUUCUGAGGGCGUUAUCAGUAAUAUUACAGAGGUACAGAAACGUUUACAAGAAGACCUUACUUUCUACUUUUGGUGAUACCAAUAAGUUUUCACCACUGUUACUUCUCAAACACACUGGAUUUGACAAGUCUCUACAAGAUGUGAUUUUUGAGAAAUGCGCUUUCAGUCCUUCACAAUUGGAGAGUAUCUGUGAGCUUUUGUCAAAGUUGGGUACUGCUGUUGAUAAGAUGGCACCUGGAAUCUGGAAUAAGGUCUUUCUGGAAUUUACAAUGCAUGGUUUCCCAUGUAACAAUCAGGUCCCCAGUGGGUUUCUGCUUUCUUGCAUUCUUUCCAUUAAAGGAAUCGUUUCUGUUCUAGAUGGGAUUCUGAAGAUGAUAAAAGCGGAAGAACUUACCUCCAUCACACGCCUUGAGAUUCUUGAAUCAAUCUUGGAAAUUAAAACCGAUAGGGUUUUCAACAGUCUCCAUGGUCAAUGUGAUGCAGUAUACGGAAGCUUGAGUGAUGGGUUGGAAGGGUUUGAUUACAUGAAUUUUUUUACAAUGAAAAACAUGUACGAGUUUUUGCGGGAUAUUAAUGGUAGAGAAGCUGUUGAUAGCUCUGUUAACGAAUGUGUAGUCUCCAAAGCUAUUGAUAUCAUAGACAGCAUCAUGAAGGAUCCUUCAAGGGCACCAGUGUUAAAAUUUUUCAUGUCUGAUGGAGACCUUUCUAAAGAGCUUGAUGAUACAUUUGGCUCUCAGCGUGGGGAUCUUUUGGUCUUUUUUGACGCAUUGGAUAAUUGCAACUCUGAAUCGGUUAAUGUGAAGGUCCUUACUUUCUUUGUUGAUCUUUUAUCUGGAGACACAUGCCCUAAUUUCAAGCCAGAUUUACAGAAGAAAUUCCUUGACAUGGAUUUGGUCCACCUCUCCAAAUGGCUUGAAAAGAGGCUAUUAGGGUCAACAAACGGAAGUUCAUCAUCCCUAAGAGAGUCAACCAUGAAGUUUAUCAUCUCACUUUUGUCCCCUGAGCCACAAGCUGAAGAAUUGCAUUCACAUAUAUACGAAGCCCUGUUGAUCUCGCUUGAUGACGCCUUCAUGCUGUAUGAUGUCAACACAGCAAAAUCAUAUUUGAAUUUUGUUGUUCAACUUUCAAGUGGCGAGGCCUCAAUGAAACCCCUUUUGGAGCGAACAGUGAUGCUAAUGAAAAAGCUAGCUUCUGAUGAACGUCUGCUUCAAGGCCUAAAAUUUCUCUUCGGUUUCGUUGGAUCCAUGGUAAGUGAUAAGAACAGUGUCACAAAGCUGGUUGACAAGUCUUCGCGUAGAAUUGGACAGGUGGUGUCAAGGUUGAAUUCAAGGAAACAUCCAGACACAAUGCUUCUUUCUUCCAAUCAAGAAGGUGGGCCCACAUCCACACCUCUCGACUGUGAUGCCACGUCAGCAGAUGAAGACGAAGAUGACGGGACAUCAGACGGUGAAGUUGGCAGCAUCGAUAAAGACGAAUUCGACGAUGGCAACAGUGAAAGAGCUCUUGCUUCCAAAGUCUGUACAUUCACAUCCAGUGGGAGCAAUUUCAUGGAACAACACUGGUACUUCUGUUACACAUGCGAUUUAACUGUUUCAAAAGGCUGCUGUUCUGUAUGUGCAAAAGUUUGUCAUCGUGGACAUCGCGUUGUAUACUCCCGAUCAAGUCGGUUUUUCUGUGACUGUGGGGCCGGGGGUGUACGAGGUAGCAGUUGCCAAUGUUUGAAACCUAGGAAAUUUACGGGAAAUAACAGCAACAGUAACAACGCGCCCACCCGUAGUGGUAAUAAUCUUCAUUCAUUUCUACCAUUCACUGAAGAAGGGGAUCAGGUAGACAGUGAGUCGGAUGUUGAUGAGGAUGGCUCAUUGGACAAUGACAACAGCACUAUCAGAUUAUCUUUCCCAAGAGAGAUACAAGAAGCAAUGCCAGAAUUGAUAAAAGGACUCGAUGUUGAAGACCGUGUACUCGAGCUUUGUUCUUCUUUAUUACCAUCUAUAACCACCCGAAGAGACUCCAACCUUUCAAAGGACAAGAAUAUCUCACUAGGUGAAGAUAAAGUGCUUAGUUUCAGUUCCGAUCUUCUACAAUUAAAAAAGGCGUAUAAAAGUGGUUCGUUGGAUUUAAAGAUAAAAGCAGAUUAUUCAAAUGCUAAAGAACUCAAAGCCCAUUUAGCUAGCGGCUCCCUGGUGAAAUCAUUGCUUAGUGUCAGCACACGUGGACGGCUUGCUGUUGGAGAAGGUGAUAAAGUAGCUAUAUUUGAUGUGGGCCAGCUGAUCGGACAGGCGACUAUCGCACCUGUUACUGCUGACAAGGCGAACGUGAAACCAUUAUCAAAAAACGUUGUUCGUUUUGAAAUCGUGCAUCUUGCUUUUAACCCAUUGGUUGAGAGUUAUCUUGCAGUUGCAGGCUAUGAAGAUUGCCAGGUUUUGACUGUAAGUCAUCGUGGUGAGGUCACAGAUCGUUUAGCCAUUGAGCUUGCAUUACAAGGUGCUUACAUAAGACGUGUAGAAUGGGUUCCCGGGUCUCAAGUGCAACUCAUGGUGGUCACCAACAAAUUCGUUAAAAUAUACGAUCUCUCUCAAGACAACAUAAGUCCAAUCCACUACAUCACUUUGCGAGAUGACACAAUUGUAGAUGCAACACUCGCUGUCGUUUCACAAGCCAGGGUUUUUCUUCUUGUCCUUUCUGAACUCGGCUCCUUAUACAGACUGGAAUUGUCAAAUGAAGGAAACUCCGGUGCCAAAACGUUAAAAGAAAUUGUCAAAACCCCGGGAAAGGAGAAGGAAAAGGAAACACACGCGAAAGGUUCCUCUUUGUAUUUCUCGUCAACUUACAAACUUCUAUUUGUGUCAUACCAAGACGGGACAACUUUAGUAGGGAGACUUGAUCAUGGCGCGUUGUCUUUAUCUGAGAUGUCUGCUGUUUAUGAAGAUGAACAUCGUCCAGCUGGAUUGCAUCGUUUCAAGGAGUUACUUCCUGGAAGUGGAUUGUUUGUUUGCUUUUCGAGUGUGAAGUCAAACGCUGCUUUGACUGUUUCGAUUGGAGAACAUGAUGUUCUUGCACAGAACAUGCGGAAUGGAGUGUAUUCGACCUUAGUGUUGGUGGGUAUAACCGCGUAUAAGCCUUUAUCGAAAGAUAAAAUUCAUUGUCUUGUUUUGCAUGAUGAUGGUAGUCUUCAGAUAUAUACACAUGUUCCUGUUGGGGUUGAAGCUGGUGCAAAUGUGAUUCCGGAUAAAGUUAAGAAGUUAGGAUCUGAUAUUCUCAACAGUAAAGCUUAUGCUAGUUUGAAGCCGGAAUUCCCACUUGAUUUUUUUGAGAAAACAGUUUGCAUAACGGGUGAUGUGAAGUUAAGUGGUGAUGCUAUCAGGAACGGUGAUUCCGAAGGUGCAAAACAGAGUUUGAAUUCAGAAGAAGGAUUUCUUGAAAGUCCUACACCUGCAGGGUUCAAGGUAACAGUUUCCAAUUCAAAUCCGGACAUCGUAAUGGUCGGAUUUCGUGUCCAUGUGGGGAACACAUCAGCAAACCAUAUACCCUCGGAGAUAACAAUUUUCCAAAGAGUUAUAAAACUAGACGAAGGCAUGAGGUCAUGGUACGACAUCCCAUUUACAGUUGCAGAAUCCCUUCUAGCUGAUGAAGAAAUCACAAUCUCCAUAGGACCAACUUUCAACAGAUCAACUUUACCAAGAAUAGAUACUUUAGAAAUUUAUGGUAGAGCAAAGGAUGAAUUUGGUUGGAAGGAGAAAAUGGAUGCAGUACUGGACAUGGAGGCGCGUGUGCUUGGCAACAGUUCUUGGGUUUCAGGAUCUGGGAAAAAACGUCGCACUGGUCAAGCUGCUCCUAUUGAAGAACAAGUUGUUGCAGAUGGACUUAACCUUUUGUCCAGAUUAUACACGUUGUGUAAGCCACAUGGAUCUUCAAAUAUGGAGGAAGUAAAAACAGAGCUGAACAAACUAAAAUGCAAGCAGCUGUUGGAAACCAUAUUUGAAAGCGACAGGGAACCUAUGUUGCAAGCUGCUGCAUGUCGCGUUCUUCAAGCUGUUUUUCCUAAACGAGAAAUAUAUUAUCAAGUUAAAGACACAAUGAGGCUUCUAGGAGUGGUGAAAUCAACUUCCACACUGUUGUCAAGGCUUGGAAUCGGUGGAAGUACAUCGGGGUGGAUUAUUGAAGAGUUUACAGCUCAGAUGCAUGCGGUUUCCAAAAUUGCACUCAACCGUCGUUCUAACUUGGCCACUUUUCUUGAAACACAUGGUUCGGAGGUGGUUGAUGGGCUUAUGCAGGUUCUAUGGGGGAUUUUGGACAUAGAACAGCCUGAAACACAGACCAUGAACAACAUUGUUAUAGCAUCUGUGGACCUUAUUUACUCUUAUGCCGAGUGUUUGGUUUCACAUGAAAAAGACUCGGGUGGUGAUACUGUUGUGCCAGCUGUCUCUCUUUUUAAGAAGCUUCUCUUUUCCCAAAACGAGGCUGUUCAGACAUCUAGCAGCUUGGCGAUAUCUUCGAGGCUACUUCAAGUUCCGUUUCCGAAGCAAACAAUGUUAGGUACAGAUGACGGAGCAGACAGUACAACCGCUGCUCUCACACGCGCUGACGUGGCGAACCCAGCUGGUGGAAACACUCGGAUUAUGGUUGAGGAAGAUUCUUCCAUCACUUCAUCUGUUCAAUACUGCUGUGAUGGUUGUUCCACUGUUCCUAUACUCAGGAGAAGAUGGCAUUGUACAGUCUGCCCUGAUUUUGAUCUAUGUGAAGGCUGCUAUGAAAGCCUUGAUGCUGACAGACUCCCCCCUCCUCACUCGCGAGACCAUCCCAUGUCAGCAAUUCCAAUUGAAGCUGAAACAUAUAGUGGAGAAGGCAACGAAAUGCACUUCUCUACCGAUGAUUUAACCGAUCCAUGUUUGCUUCCAGUUGCAUCAUCAGACUCCGGAAUCACGAAUUCCGCUCCCGCAAUCCAUGUCUUGGAAACGAAUGAUUCCGGCGAGUUUCCGUCUUCAGUUACUGAUUCCGUUACGAUUUCCGCUUCAAAAAGGGCGAUUAACUCUUCGAUUCUUUCGGAGUUUCUCAAACUUUUAAAUGGAUGGAUGGAGACUACUUCCGGUGUUCGUGCCAUUCCGGUUAUGCAGCUCUUCUACAGGCUAUCAUCUGCUGUAGGUGGACCUUUCGUUGACAGCUCGAGGCCCGAAAGUUUAGAUCUUGAAAAGUUAAUAAAAUGGUUUCUAGAAGAAAUUUCCAUCAACAAACCUUUCACAGCAAAGUCACGUUCUUCUUUCGGAGAAGUCACUAUUCUAGUCUUCAUGUUCUUUACACUAAUGUUACGAAACUGGCACCAGCCAGGUGGUGAUAGUUCAGUGGCGAAACCCGAUGCACAUGAAAAAACCGUUGUCCAGUUUCCCUCUUCUACUCCAGUUACUUCAACAGCUGUAGAUGAUCAAGAGAAAAACAGUUUCCAUUCCCAACUCCUUCGAGCGUGUGGGUCCCUUCGCCAACAAGAUUUUGUUAACUACCUCAUGGAUAUUUUACAACAGCUGAUGCAUGUUUUCAAAUCCCCUUCUGUUGGUUUUGAUUCUUCCCAUGCUGCUAAUUCUGGUUCAGGAUGUGGGGCCCUGUUAACAGUCCGUAGAGAAAUACCCGCGGGUAAUUUCUCCCCGUUUUUCUCCGAUUCGUAUGCGAAAUCUCAUCGAGCGGAUAUGUUCGCGGACUAUCAUCGGUUAUUGUUGGAGAACACUUUCAGAUUAGUCUACAGCUUAGUACGCCCUGAAAAGCAUGACAACAAAGGUGCUGAAAAAGAAAAGUUCUUCAAAAUCCCAUCUGGAAAGGAUUUAAAGCUUGAAGGGUAUCAAGACGUUCUCUGCAGCUACAUCAAUAAUCCCAAUACAACUUUCGUAAGAAGAUAUGCCAGGAGACUGUUCUUACAUCUAUGUGGUAGCAAAACACACUACUACAGCAUUCGAGACUCGUGGCAGUUUUCAAGUGAAGUUAAGAAGCUGUAUAAACAUGUGAACAAGUCGGGUGGAUUUCAAGGCACUCUUUCCUAUGAAAGAAGUGUCAAGGUGGUGAAAUGUUUGUCUACCAUGGCUGAAGUAGCUUCUUCACGUCCCAGAAACUGGCAGAAAUAUUGUUCGAGACAUGGCGAUGUGUUGCGUUUUCUUCUCAAUGGCGUCUUCUAUUUCCCAGAAGAAUGCGUGUCUCAAUCUCUUAAACUCUUGAAUUUGUCCUUCUACAAUGGGAAAGACAUUAGCAUGUCAUUACAGAAAAUCGAAGGAGGUGAGACUGUUUCCACAACUAGUUCAAGCAAAUCCGGGACACAAAAGAAAAAGAAAGGAGACGAGGGAACAGGAACGGGAUCGGAAUCUGGUUUGGAUAAAUCCUACAUGGACAUGGAGCCAAUGGUGGAGAUUUUUGCUGAUAAAGGGUAUGACAUUUUGAGACAGUUUGUUGAUUGCUUUUUACUCGAGUGGAAUUCAAGCUCUGUUCGUGUGGAAGCCAAAUGUGUGUUGUAUGGAGCCUGGCAUCAUGGGAAGCAGUCGUUUAAGGAAACAAUGUUGGCGAUUCUGUUAGAAAAAGUCAAAUGCUUACCGAUGUAUGGUCAAAACAUCAUGGAGUAUACAGAACUUGUCACUUGUUUGUUAGGAAGAGCACCCGACAACAACACGAAACAACAAAGCAACGAGAUUGUUGACCGAUGUUUGACUUCUGAUGUCAUCAAAUGCAUAUUCGAUACCCUUCACUUACAAAACGAGCUAUUGGCCAACCAUCCGAAUUCACGCAUCUACAACACCUUAAGUGGGUUGGUAGAGUUUGAUGGCUACUAUCUCGAAAGUGAGCCAUGUGUCGCGUGUAGCUGUCCCGAGCUUCCUUACAGUAGAAUGAAAUUAGAGAGUUUAAAAUCCGAAACGAAAUUCACUGACAAUCGGAUAAUAGUGAAAUGCACAGGAAGCUACACCAUUCAGAGUGUCACCAUGAAUGUUCACGAUGCUCGUAAGUCUAAAUCGGUCAAAGUCCUGAAUCUGUAUUACAACAAUCGACCUGUUGCUGACCUGGCGGAGCUUAAAAACAACUGGGCGUUAUGGAAACGCGCGAAAAUCUGCCAUCUGGCGUUCAAUCAAACCGAACUCAAAGUGGAUUUCCCAAUCCCGAUCACCGCGUGUAACUUCAUGAUUGAACUCGAUUCCUUUUAUGAAAAUCUUCAGGCGUUGUCUCUUGAACCUCUGCAAUGCCCACGAUGCAGUCGACCUGUAACCGAUAGACACGGAAUCUGUGGGAAUUGUCAUGAAAAUGCUUACCAGUGUAGACAAUGUCGGAACAUCAAUUAUGAAAAUCUGGAUUCCUUUUUAUGUAACGAGUGUGGUUACAGCAAAUACGGUCGGUUUGAAUUCAAUUUCAUGGCGAAACCGAGUUUCACAUUUGAUAACAUGGAGAACGAUGAUGAUAUGAAGAGAGGGUUGGCUGCUAUUGAAUCUGAAUCUGAAAAUGCUCAUAGGAGAUACCAGCAGCUUUUAGGGUUCAAAAAACCUUUACUAAAGAUUGUAUCAAGCAUUGGUGAAAACGACAUGGACUCUCAACAGAAAGAUUCCGUUCAGCAAAUGAUGGUUUCUCUACCCGGCCCUUCAUGUAAGAUAAACCGUAAGAUCGCGCUUCUUGGUGUUCUAUAUGGUGAAAAAUGCAAAGCUGCUUUCGAUUCAGUCAGUAAAAGUAUUCAGACGCUUCAAGGGCUUCGACGCGUUUUAAUGAAUUACUUGCAUCAAAAACAUUCUGAUGACUCGGUAGCCUCUUCCAGACUAGUGGUGUCCAGGUCACCAAACAGCUGUUACGGGUGUGCAACUGUGUUCGUUACACAGUGUCUUGAAUUGCUGCAAGUCUUGUCAAAGCACUCAAGUUCCAAAAAGCAGCUUGUGUCUGCUGGAAUUUUAUCUGAAUUAUUCGAGAACAACAUCCAUCAAGGUCCGAAAACUGCCCGAGUCCAAGCCCGGGCAGCACUAUGUGCCUUCUCUGAAGGUGACAAAAACGCAGUGUCUGAACUGAAUGUCUUGAUUCAGAAGAAAGUAAUGUAUUGUCUCGAGCAUCAUCGUUCCAUGGAUAUUGCACUUGCCACACGUGAAGAGUUGCUCUUGCUUUCAGAAGUGUGCUCAUUGGCUAAUGAAUUUUGGGAGUCAAGAUUACGUGUCGUUUUCCAGCUGUUGUUUUCUUCAAUCAAAUUGGGCGCAAAACAUCCUUCUAUAUCUGAACACGUCAUUCUUCCUUGUUUGAGAAUCAUAUCACAAGCAUGCACUCCUCCAAAACCUGAUUCAUCAGACAAAGAACAAGCAGGAUCAAAACCUAACCCAGUUCCCAUUCCAUUACAAAAAGAUGAAAACAGCUUAAACGGUUCUCAGAAGACUCAUGAUAUACAGCUCUUAAGUUACUCAGAAUGGGAACGAGGUGCUUCGUAUCUUGAUUUUGUAAGGCGACAUAAAGUCUCACAAACAACUAUACCUGGACAGAGGUCACGCCCUCAGAAGUAUGAGUUUCUCGCAUUGAAAUAUGCUCUUAGAUGGAAACGUCGUGCUUGCAAGACAAACAAGAGUGAAAUUGCUUCUUUUGAAUUGGGUUCAUGGGUUACAGAACUGGUUCUAAGUGCUUGUUCUCAAUCUAUAAGAUCAGAGAUGUGCAUGUUGAUCAGUUUGCUUUGUGCACAAGGCUCAUCAAGACGGUUUCGGUUACUAAACCUACUCAUGUCUUUGUUGCCUGCAACUCUUUCUGCUGGUGAAAACGCUGCUGAGUAUUUCGAAUUGCUCUUUAAAAUGAUUGAGACAGAAGAUGCACGCCUUUUCUUGACUGUACGUGGAUGUUUGACCACAAUUUGUAAGCUGAUCACACAAGAGGUGAGUAAUGUUGAAUCUUUGGAGAGAAGUCUGCGUAUUGACAUCUCACAGGGUUUCAUCCUUCAUAAGCUCAUCGAGCUCCUUGGAAAGUUUUUAGACGUCCCAAAUAUCAGAUCCAGGUUCAUGAAGGAACAACUGCUCUCGGAAGUCCUUGAGGCCCUUAUUGUCGUUAGGGGAUUAAUAGUGCAGAAAACAAAGCUGAUAAGUGAUUGCAGUCGACUUUUAAAGGAUCUUCUCGAUAGUCUUUUGCUGGAAAGUGCUGAAAAUAAAAAACAUUUCAUCCAGGCAUGCAUUCGCGGUUUACAGACUCAUGGGGAGGAUAAAAGAGGGCGAUCUAAUUUGUUCAUACUGGAGCAACUUUGUAACCUGAUAUGCCCAUCAAAACCCGAAGCUGUAUACCAUUUGAUACUGAACAAGGCACACACACAAGAAGAGUUCAUCCGUGGUUCAAUGACCAAAAAUCCUUAUUCAAGUGCUGAAAUAGGUCCAUUAAUGCGUGAUGUCAAAAACAAAAUUUGUAACCAGUUGGAUCUUUUAGGUCUUAUUGAGGAUGAUUAUGGUAUGGAACUUCUAGUAGCUGGAAACAUAAUCUCCCUUGAUUUAAGCAUUGCCCAAGUUUACGAACAAGUCUGGAAAAAGUCUAGUAGUCAAUCCACAAACGCACUUGCUGCUGCCACAUUGCUUUCUUCCAACGCUGCCACGUCAGCAAGAGAUUCUCCUCCCAUGACAGUGACCUACAGACUUCAGGGGUUAGAUGGUGAAGCUACUGAACCAAUGAUUAAAGAAUUGGACGAGGACAGAGAAGAGUCCCAAGAUCCUGAAGUUGAGUUUGCUAUAGCAGGGGCAGUUCGGGAAUGUGGCGGGUUGGAAAUUUUAUUGGAAAUUGUUCAGCGUUUGCGAGAUGAUUUGAAGUCAAACCAGGAGCAAUUAGUGGCUGUUUUGAAUCUGUUAAUGCACUGCUGCAAAAUAAGGGGAAACAGAACAGCUCUAUUGAAACUUGGAGCUUUAAGCCUACUCCUUGAAAUCGCAAGACGUGCGUUUUCCGUUGAUGCCAUUGAGCCAGCUGAAGGAAUUCUUCUAAUUGUAGAAAGUUUAACAAUGGAAGCCAACGAAAGUGACAAUAUCAACAUUACCCAAAACGCCCUCACUGUUUCCAACGAAGAAGCUGGUGCUGGCGAGCAAGCCAAGAAGAUAGUCCUCAUGUUCCUGGAGAGACUGUCGUACCCGCUAGGGGUAAAAAAGUCAAGCAAACAACAGAGAAACACCGAGAUGGUUGCUAGAAUUUUACCUUACUUGACUUACGGUGAGCCUGCUGCAAUGGAAGCACUCGUGCAACACUUCGAUCCUUACUUAAAGAACUGGGUCGAAUUCGAUACUUUGCAGAAACAACAUGCGGAAAAUCCCAAGGACGAAACCGUCUUUUUACAAGCAUCGAAACAGAGAUUCGCGGUUGAGAAUUUUGUUCGGGUUUCGGAAUCAAUGAAGACAAGCUCUUGCGGGGAGAGACUAAAAGACAUCAUAUUGGAAACCAAAAUUACCGAAUCUGCAGUUAGACAUUUAAAGGACAGUUUCGCUUUCACUGGGGAAUCUGGAUUCCGGUCUAGACCGGAAUGGGGUUCCGGUUUAAAACUUCCAUCCGUUCCUCUCAUUCUCUCGAUGCUCAGAGGGCUUUCAAUGGGACACCUGGCGACACAAAAGUGCAUCGAUGAAGGAGGGAUAUUACCUUUACUCCAUGCCUUGGAAGGUGUAGCGGGAGAAAAUGAAAUUGGAGCGAGAGCUGAAAACUUGUUGGAUACAAUUUCAGAUAAAGAAGGAAAAGGCGACGGGUUCCUUGCUGAGAAAGUCAGCGCUUUACGCCAUGCCACGCGAGAUGAAAUGAAACGACUCGCUUUAAUGAAAAGAAAGGACGUGCUUCAGACGCUUGGGAUGCAAGAAGAAAUGGCAUCAGAUGGUGGGAAACGAAUCGUUGUAUCUCAACCGCUUCUAGAAGGUUUAGAAGAAAUGGAAGAAGAGGAAGAGGGUUUAGCUUGCAUGGUAUGCCGAGAAGGAUACAGUCUAAGACCAAACGACUUACUUGGCGUUUACACAUUCAGCAAAAGGGUAAACCUUGGUGUUGGGAGUAGCACUUCAGGAGGAAGCAGCAGCACACGUGGCGAUUGUGUCUACACAAGUGUCAGCCAUUUCAACAUCAUACAUUUCCAAUGUCACCAAGAGGCUAAACGAGCCGAUGCUGCUUUAAAAACCCCCAAAAAGGAAUGGGAUGGAGCUGCCCUUAGAAACAACGAGACACUUUGCAAUAAUCUCUUCCCCUUAAAGGGUCCCGCAGUUCCAGUGGCGCAAUACACACGCUAUGUUGAUCAGUACUGGGAUUACCUAAACGCCCUUGGUCGUGCUGAUGGAAGUCGACUUCGCUUGUUGACUUAUGAUAUUGUUCUGAUGCUUGCGAGAUUUGCAACAGGAGCAUCAUUCAGCACAGACAGUCGAGGCGGAGGAAAAGAAAGCAACGCAAAAUUCCUCCCGUUCAUGAUCCAAAUGGCGCGUUACCUCCUCGACCACGACCCAUCCCAACGCCACAACCUUGCGAAAUCCGUAGCAUCUUAUCUCGCGUCCUCCACACCGGAUUCCAAAUCCCCACCACCUACCACCACCACCACCACAGCUACAGAAGAAACCGUCCAAUUCAUGAUGGUCACCUCCCUCUUAUCGGAAUCACACGAGUCCUGGCUCCAACACCGCCGCACGUUCCUCCAACGCGGUAUCUACCACGCCUACAUGCAACGGACCCACUCCCGGUCAACUCACCGCCCGCCAACCGCCGCCAAACCGGAGGAGCUACUGGCCAUCAUCCAGCCAAUGUUGGUGUACACGGGGUUGAUCGAACAGUUGCAGAGGUAUUUCAAGGUUGAAAAGAAAAAGGAUUUGGUGGAGAAGAGUAAUAGUAAUGAGAAGGAUUUGGAGAGGUGGGAGGUGGUGAUGAAGGAGAGAUUAGUGAAUGUGAAGGAUUUGGUUGGAUUUUCAAAAGAGAUGUUGUCAUGGUUGGAUGAUAUGAGUUCUGUUGGUGAUUUACAGGAGGCGUUUGAUGUCAUCGGUGUGUUGGCUGAUGUCAUGUCAUCUGUCGUGGAAGAAAAAACUGAUCUCCCUCGCUCUACAAAAAGAACUUGA